UGGAGGCGGAGCCGCGGGACGGGCGCGUGGCCACCUGCGCCGCCGGAGCCUCGCCCUGCCGCCGCCGCCGCCGCCGCCGCUGCUGCUGCCGCUGGGUCCGGCAGGCGGAGGGAGCGACGGGCGGAGCCGCCGGGCGGAAAAUGGAAGGCGAUGACCACGGUGGUUCAAGAUUCUGCGUGGGGUGGCAGUGACUGUGGCUUGACUUUUUAAUGCCACUGUGUGGACCUUCUGGGCUGUUGGUACGGUGCAGAUUUCAGAACCCACCUAAGCUAUGUCGAAGAAAAACCGUACAAAGGGAGAGAAACCUGACAUGGAGGUUGAUGCCGUCCAAGCUGCUAAUGAGGAACUGCGGAUUAAGUUGACCAACAUCCAGAUAGAAUAUCAGCAGGAAAAAGGCAAGGUGAGCAAAUUGAGAGAAAAGCUCCAGGAAGUCAAACAAGAGCGAGAACAAGAGCAGCACAAACACACAGCCCACGUGUCUGAGCUGAAGGCUAAACUCCACGAGGAGAAGAUGAAGGAACUCCAGACUCUCCGAGAGGUACUUAUCCGGCAGCAUGAGCAAGAGGUUGCUCGUGUGGCAAAAAUAAAAGACAGUGAGAUCCAGCGAUUGCAGUCCACGGUAAAUGUCCUGCGAGACGGAGCAGCCGACAAAGUGAAAACGGCAUUACUAAACGAAGUCCGGGAGGAAGCCCGGAAAUCAUUUGAUGGUGAGCGAAUGAAGCUGCAACAGGAGAUCCUAGAACUCAAAUCCUCCAAAAAGCAGCUGGAAGAAACUUUGAACAAUGUCAUGCAGGCAGAUAAGAUGAAGGCAGCUGAUCUGCGCACAGCCUACCAGUCCCAUCAGGAUGAGAUAAACAGAAUAAAGCGCGAGAGUGAGAGAGAGAUCCGUCGGCUGAUGGAUGAGAUAAAAGGCAAAGACAGAGUGAUUUUGUCAUUGGAAAAAGACCUUGGUGUCCAGGCAGGUCAUACACAAAAGCUGCUGCUCCAAAAAGAAGCCCUGGAUGAACAACUUGUUCAGGUGAAAGAGGCAGAACGAUACCACGGGAGCCCCAAGAGAGAACUUCCGCCUGGAGUGGGAGAAGGUGCUGAACUUGCAGGAAACUUGGUGGAGCUUCAUAUGGAUGAGCGAGACAUGAGGAGGUUUCAGUUAAAAAUAGCUGAACUGAAUGCUGUGAUACGGAAACUGGAAGACAGGAAUACGCUUUUAGCGGAUGAAAGAAAUGAACUGCUCAAACGGUCUCGGGAGACAGAAGCGCAGCUUAAACCGCUUGUAGAAAAGAACAAAAGGCUGAACAAGAAAAAUGAAGACAUGCUGCAGAGUAUACAGAGAAUGGAAGACAAGAUUAAGAACCUCUCUAGGGAAAACAUAGACAUGAAAGAAAAACUAUCCUCUCAGCCCACUUUGAGAAGGCACACAUCACUGAAUGAUCUCAGUAGCACGCGGGAGGAACAGGAAGUUGAAUUCCUUAAGCUGCAAGUUCUGGAACAACGACGUGUAAUCGAUGACCUCUCAGUGGAACGUGAACGAUUAUUACGGUCUAAGAAACAUAAAAGGAAAAGUUUGAAGCUUCCAAAAAGGCAUGUUGUGGAGACAUUUUUUGGAUUUGAUGAAGAAUCCGUUGAUUCAGAAACCUCGUCGGUAACCUCCUAUAACACAGAUAAGACAGACAGGACUCCGGCUACGCCAGAAGAGGACUUGGAAGAUAGCACACCAAAAGAAGAAGCCGAUUUGCGAUUCUGUCAGCUAACCAGAGAAUAUCAAGCGCUGCAGAGGGCGUACGCAUUGCUGCAGGAACAGGUCGGGGGGACUCUGGAUGCAGAAAGAGAAGCGAGGACUCGUGAGCAACUGCAAGCUGACCUUCUCAGGUGCCAAGCAAAAAUAGAAGACCUGGAGAUGACUCUGAUUGAGAGAGGCCAGGAUUCUAAAUGGAUAGAAGAAAAGCAGGUACUGAUCAAGACCAACCUGGAACUGCUAGAAAAGAUUCACAAAUUGGAGCAGGAAGAAAACCAGCUGAAGAGUGAAAUGCAAGAUGCUAAAGACCAAAAUGAACUGCUGGAAUUCCGAGUCCUAGAAUUGGAAGAGAGAGAACGAAGGUCACCAGCUUUUAACCUUCAAAUAUCUGCCUUCCCUGAAAACAGCGGCAGUGCACUCCAACUGUUUUGUCAGCAGGAGGGAAUAAAGGAUGUGAACAUUUCUGAACUUAUGAAGAAGCUAGAUAUCCUUGGUGAUAAUGGGAAUCUGAGGAAUGAAGAACAGGUUGCGAUAAUCCAAGCUGGGACUGUGCUCUCCCUCUGUGAAAAGUGGCUAAAACAAAUAGAAGAGACAGAAGCUGCACUAACUCAGAAGAUGGUGGACCUGGAAAAUGAAAAGGACCUCUUCACGAAGCAGAAGGGUUAUCUAGAGGAAGAACUUGACUACAGGAAGCAAGCUCUGGACCAGGCUUACAUGAAAAUCCAGGAGCUGGAAGCCACACUUUAUAAUGCUCUGCAGCAGGACCCAGGGAAGAGAGCCAGUGAGUCCUUGAACGAAGCCCAGAGGGAAGACUUACGCGCUGCUGUGGAGAAGGUGCGAAGGCAGAUCCUGCGGCAAAGCCGUGAAUUUGACAGCCAAAUCCUGCAUGAACGCAUGGAACUGCUACAGCAAGCACAGCAGAGAAUUCGAGAGUUAGAAGAUAAAAUUGAACUUCAGAAGCAACAGCUCAAAGAAAUAGAAGAAAAGUUUUUGUUCCUUUUUCUGUUUUUCUCACUAGCAUUCAUCCUGUGGCCUUGAUGAAUCUCAUGCGCAGAGAACUGUGGGUGCCAAAAGAGCCAUUGGAGUGAACUGAUGAAUUCGUGUGCAAAUUCCAAAACUCUUUGAACAGCCUUAAGUCAUCCAGUGGAUGCGGUUCAUGUUCAUAUGCCAAACUCUGAGAUCUUGGGAUCACCACUGCAAUUUUUAAAGCAACAGCUACAAAACAGAAUAAUUUGAUAAUUUGGUACAAGCAGCACUCCAGAAACCAAAAUAUUUCUUUUUAAGAAAUGAAAUAAAAGGAAGAGGAGCCCUGGGAACAAUUACUGACAAUUCUGUCUCCUUUUGUGUUUGUGACUGUAAAAUCAACAGCCUUUUAAUGCCCAGUUUCAUGUAAAAAACCCUGAAUGAGGAACUUUCAACGUGGACGGGGAAGGUUGUUGUACAUGGACAGUCAUGGCAACAGUGGAAUCAAAGAAUUCACUAAAAUCCUGUUUCAUGAAAAUCUCAACAAUCUCUGACGACCUGUGCAGAAAGGGAGGAAUGAUGUAAGCGUGAGGAAAGAAUCUCCAGGUGGACGUGGAAACAGCGGCAUUGUUUGUUCCUGACAUCUUGCACAUAAAGAAAAGAAGAAGAAGCUGUGUGAAAAAUGAGUGUAGAGGCGGGACACUGUCUUGAUCUCAGACAAAAAACUAUGCCAAUUAUGGAUGCUACAAAAUGCCACAGCAGAAAGGAAUCGGUUAUAAGAAGUUUUAGCUUAUAAUGCAGUUCAGAGUCACAAAGUAUGAGAUUGAAUGAUUGAUUGAAGGAAACAUUCCAAGCUGCACAUUAUGGUUUUAAUUAAUGCUAUAAUGGGGGUGGGGGGGGGAAUUCUAUGAUAUCUACAUUUAUGGAAUUGUAAGUGUCAGUAUUGGCUAUUUUGGCCCUGUGUAAAUUAUUUUUUAAAAAAUUGAGAAUACAAAUCAAAAUAUGAAGAGUGGCAAUGUUUGACAUCAAAGAACAUUAAAACUAUGCAUUUUUAUAGUACUGAGAUUUUAGACCAUUUUUGUCCGCUUUAAGCUAUAGUGGAAAAAGCGCAGGGACAAUAACAAAAAUUUUUUGGGUGUCUCUUACUGGUAAUUUUUACUUAACAGAAGAUGAUGUCAGGUUGGCCAAAGAGGAGACUGUUAUGAGAUAAGAAGGCAUUCCACUCCCUGAAUGAAUGAAAAAAAAAUCUAUUUAAUUGAGGCAAAAUGAAAGGAAUGGGUGAAGAAGUGCAGUUGUUGAUGGAAAAGUAGUAAUCCAAGAAAACCACAAAGAAGCCUGUGGACAAUAUUGUUCUUAUAAUAUAAGACCACUAGAGAAGUAUUCAGCAGGUACUCUCAUAAUUUGCUAAAUUAGGUAUCUGGGAUUGCAAAAUUAUUAACCAUGUCAGCAUUGAUCAGGAGAAAAAAACAUUUCUAGAAGGAAUUGAGUAGUAGCGUUGAUAGUAGUGUGGAAUCAGUGUGGAAGGUACUCAUGACUGAUGUAGCAAAUGAAGGAUUAGCCAACUGUAUUUUUCAAAGGAAAAUGUAAUUCUACAGGCAAUAUGGAUACGGUGUGAUGGUAGAUAUAUGAAGGAAUGUUUAGCCACCAAAGACCUUCAAGAAGAAACCUGAAAAACUUUCACAUUUGGAGUUGUGUGUGUAUGUGUGUGCUCAGAAGACUGCUUUAACAACAAAUGAAACACCGGAUAAGCCUCAAGCUCUCAUUUUGAAUCUCACAUGUGAAACUAAGAACAGAAUGGCUUUUUGAGCAACAAUCCAAAAAUCAGUGUUCUGCAUGAAAAGGCUUUGUUCUGUCUGGAAAUUGGAAACACGGUGGAGCAGGAUUUGGAAGACAUGAAAAAGGGAAACACGGGAAACACAUGGGACAAAACAAACAGUGCAGAAGUUGAAGUCCUGAGAGAGAGAAUAAAACAAAUGGAAAAUUCUGAAGAAUGGCAGGAGAACAAAAGCACCAGCCUAAAGUCAGAAUCUGCGCUAAAGUAUAG